AUGACAAUUAACCAAAUACGAAACACAUGCGAUCUCGAUGAGGAGGUCUUUGCCGUUGAAAAGAUACUUUCGCAUAGGACUCGGAAUGGAUCCAUACAAUAUUUGAUAAAAUGGGAUGGCUUUGGUUCAGAGGACAACUCAUGGGAGGAUGAAAGAAACGUUUAUGCACCAACUCUAAUUAGGAUGUAUUGGAAUAAAUCCACAAAAAACCGUAGCGAAAAAAAAUCUACAAAACAGACAAAACCAAAUUCAAAAAAUAAGGAUAAAAUUCCCAAUAAAGAAAACCAAAAUAUUGAAAAUUCACCUGAUGAUGUUUCUAAUGUUUCUAAUGGUGCAAUAAAUUCAACUCGAUUCUCUUAUGAUGGGUCAACAUGGACUCGCGACGCAUCAGGAUCUCAAGUUAAUGAUCGUGUCAAUACCACUAAUAAUGAAGAUGGCUGGGAAAAUCUUGCAACGAUAGCAAAUGUUUUUCUCGACUAUGCUACUAGUCAACUUUUGAUGCUGGUGAUUUGGAACGAUGGUACUAAAAGCUAUCAUACAGCUCAAGAAGUACAUAGAAAAUGUCCUCGUCAGUUGAUUAAAUUCUACGAAGGUCAUUUACAUUUUGAAAAUAAUCUACAAGAUGCGAACUAA